AUGAUUUCGUAAUCUUUUUUGUCUAUAUUGACAGUAGCAACUACAUAAUACAAGUAUUAAAUAAAACGAAAAAAAAUUGAAAUCAUGACGUGCAACGUAAAUAAUUGUGCUAGCUAUUAAUAUUUAUUUCCGAUUUUUGUUUAACCUUUAUAGAUAUUUCCAUUUAGAAGUUACAACUAUCAUAUAAAAAUAAUUUUAUUUUACAUCUUAUCGAUAAUAUUAUAAGGAUCCAUAAUAAAUUAUUAUAAUAUUUAAAUAUCCUGGCAAUUUUUAUUGAAUGUUAACAAGCUUUUCAUAUAACUAUUUACAAAUUGAUGCAUACUUAUAAAUAGUUACAAAUCUUACAGUUAAUAGCACAAAACAUUUUUCAUACAUUUAGAGUUAAAUCGCAAUGAAAAGUGCAUUAAAAUAUGAAAAAAAAUUCCAUAAUAAUGUAUUACUCAAGUAUUGAUUAAUAAUUAAUUUAAAUUGCUAUUAGCUUGACCAUUUGUUUAAAGAAAAUUAUUGAGUAUAUUUAAAUAGGAAAAUAUGAAAUCCGAAACAAUUGCUAUUAGAAAUAAAUAUUAAUCGUAAAUGUGAUAAUGGAUAACUUUAUCGAUAACAAAGACAAGAAGAAGAGAGGUAAUAAUAAACGUGAAUUAUGUUUAUUUUAUUCUAAAAUUAUAUCGUUUGAAAAAUUGUUGUUUACAAAGCAAAAUAUUCGGACAUUAAUAAUAAUCGGUCAACGAGAUAUUGGCUCUUUCAAUGCUGUUUCACAAUUGAUGGAAUUGCAGGAAUUAUGGAUCGUCGAAUGUGGUAUCAAGGACGUACCACGGUUCAAAGAAAAUUGUUUAUUAAAGAAGCUUUAUCUGUAUUCCAACGAAAUACGUUGCAUACCAAAUUUAGAAGCUUGUUCUCAUUUAAACAUUUUGUACUUAUCAGGAAACAAUAUACAUAAACUUGAGAAUUUGGAUACAUUAACAUGGUUACAAGAACUUAAUUUAGCUAACAAUAAAUUGGAAAGAAUAAAUAAAAUGUCUUGGAGAAAGUCUGAACUAUGUAAUUUAAAUCUAGCAGGAAAUCCUUUAUGCUUUAUAAGGGUAUGUAAAAUAUUUGAAUAAACUAUAUUUGUAUGAUAAUAUUCUUUUUCCAUUACAAGGACAUAAGAUAUUUAUCACAAUUGAGAAAAUUAAAUUCAUUAGUAUUUGCGGAUUCAUUAUAUGGAGAUUGCCCUUUGGUAACCUUUUGCAACUAUCGUAUAUAUGCUAUUCAUUAUCUUCCACAA